CUCCAACUUGAGGAGGGCCACUGCUGGCUUCCAUUCAUUACCAUACAUUCGCUUGUGUCCAUCACCGCGUGAGUAGACUCGUUCAUCUUACACCUAGAAUACCUUUCUGAUCACAUUCAUUCAUCGCUUAUGUGGACGAGCGCCGUCGGGAGGAAUUUCCAUCAGUUUGCGGUGGUGAUGUUGAUGUGAGCGGUUACUGCGGAGACUCUCCGCUCAUAGAGGAGUGUUUACCGAUCACCAGCACUGCAAUGAUAGCUUCAUCACAUCCAGUCUGAAUCUGGACGAAUCUGUGGUGUCGAGGGGACUGCAUUCGUUUUACCCCUGCUAACGAGGAGAUCAAAAUGGGGAACAGUUUCUCCAACAUAUCUGCGUUUCAGUCUCUCCAUAUAGUGAUGCUUGGCUUGGACUCCGCAGGGAAAACCACGGUCCUUUACAGACUGAAAUUCAACGAGUUUGUCAACACUGUGCCUACAAUAGGAUUCAACACGGAAAAAAUCAAGCUGAGUAACGGCACGGCCAAAGGAAUAAGCUGUCAUUUCUGGGACGUUGGUGGUCAGGAGAAACUCCGGCCCUUGUGGAAAUCGUACAGUAGGUGCACGGAUGGCAUUAUUUAUGUGGUGGACUCUGUAGACGUGGAUCGACUGGAGGAGGCCAAGACGGAGCUACACAAAGUCACCAAAUUCGCUGAAAACCAAGGAACGCCGCUGUUGGUCAUAGCUAAUAAACAGGACCUGCCGAGAUCUCUGUCCGUGGCGGAUAUAGAGAAGCAGCUGGCGCUCCAGGAGCUCACGCCUGCCACCACCUACCACAUCCAACCGGCCUGUGCCAUCAUCGGCGAGGGGCUUCACGAAGGCAUGGACAAACUGUACGAAAUGAUAGUCAAACGACGAAAAAGCCUCAAACAGAAGAAAAAGCGAUAACUCUACAAAGCCUGCACCUGCCUUUUCCCAUUGCUGAUGGCAAUUGCGUUUGCCAUUUCAACGUUGCACUGUUGACAUUCAUCUGAAUGGUUGUUUGUUGUCGAGUUGGAUUCAUGUUGCAUGUGAUCGUGAUGGCGCGGGUGAACCAAAAUAAAAAUACAAUUAAAGGGCUGGUCCCGAUUAAGCUGCCGUUUGAAGGAGUUCUCUGUACUGAAGCACUGUGAAAAAACGCUGUGACAUUUCAUGGAAUGCUUGAUAUCUUAUUUUGACUCUUAUGGAAUAUAGAGUAAACUUCUAAGAACAUUAUCAAGAACUGUUGCUUCAAAAUUCCAGAAUGAAACUGGGGUUUGAGGACCUUGUAAUUUACUAAAUUACUGUAACUUCAGUGUGCCCGAAUGAGUAUAUGAGGCCUCAUGAAGACGUCUAGAUUUACAGGAACUCUGAAG